UUCAUUUCAUUUCUCCCUGCAAACUACAAAUCUUUCUCUCUUUCUUUCAUUUUCUUCCUUGAUCCAAAGUCCUAAUUAUUCUUCUUUUCUUUUUCAAAAAUUAAAAGCAUUGGGUUCCUUACUCUUCCACAAAGUUCAUAUCUAUCUUCAUCUUCUUGUCUUGUAGUCCCGAUUUACUGUACCAUUUCCAUGAAAAUCAACUAAGCACUCUGUACUUCCAUUAAAACAUUUUCUUUCUGUUUUUUGCAUUCUACCCAGAUCUUGUUUCUUUCUUUUUGCCAACUCGCCUGAUAAAAUUACCAGUCUCAUGAAAUGAGAAACACCCAUUUGCUGGAACUAGUUCUUGGACUAACUUCAGCCGCUGUUUUCAUCGUUUUCAUUGUCAUAGUUUUCUUUUACCGCAGAAGACCUAGAAAAGAUGAGCAGGAUGACUUGGAAGCGAAGAAUAAGCAAAAAAAUGGAGAGAAGGACAUUGAAAGAGAGGAUCUUGUGACGUUCCAGGGAGGUGAAGAUCUCACAAUCAAGGACAUUCUUGAUGCGCCUGGAGAAGUCAUAGGUAAAUCAAAUUAUGGGACUUUGUACAAGGCCCUGUUGCAGAGGAGUGGCUCGGUGAGGUUGCUGAGGUUCCUGAGGCCUAUGUGUGCCGCUAGAGAUAAGGAGUUUGGUGAUUUGAUUGAGUUGUUGGGGUGCAUCAGACACUCCAAUUUGGUGCCUCUUUUGGGAUUUUAUGCGGGGUCGAGAGGUGAGAAGCUCCUUGUUCAUCCAUUUUAUAAGCAUGGGAAUCUAGCUGAGUUUAUUAGAGGCGGAAAUGGCGAGUCUCACAAAUGGACCAUCAUUUACGGAAUCUCCAUUGGAAUAGCUAGAGGAUUAGAUUAUCUCCACACAGGAUUGCCUAAGCCCAUACUUCAUGGAAACCUUAAGUCGAGGAAUAUAUUAUUGGAUCGGAAUUACCAGCCAUAUGUCUCUGAUUUUGGUUUACAUCUUCUAUUGAAUCCUGCUGUUGGACAAGAAAUGCUUGAAGCUUCGGCUUCUCAGGGGUACAAAGCUCCUGAGCUUAUUAAAAUGAAGGAUGUAAGUAAAGAGACUGAUAUUUACAGUCUUGGGGUGAUUUUGCUUGAAUUGCUGUCAGGAAAGGAACCGAUCAAUGAGAAUCCACUUCCUGACGAUGACUUUUAUCUGCUAAAUUUUAUGCGAAAUGCACUGCUUGAUCACAGAAUCUCGGAUUUGUAUCAUCCAGACAUGCUUCUAAGCAAAAACAAUGGUCAUGAAAACCCAGUUACUGAAGAAUGCAUUCUCAAAUUCUUUCGGCUUGCCAUUUCUUGUUGUUCUCCUUUGCCUUCUCUUAGACCAAACACUAAACAAGUCCUAUGGAAGCUUGAAGAAAUUCGAAAAUAGGAAUUUUGUCAUUUUGCUGAAAUUGAACUUCACAUUGGCGGUAGGCCAUUGUAAGGUUGAUUUCUGGCUGAUUUAUCUAUAUUUAAAAUUUUCUAACAUAGUCAUGUUUGAUAGUGUGACAAUAGUGAUGAUAAUGGCAUAUGUGAGGAGACAUGAAAAUUGUAUUUUUAUUAAAGCAAAAAGUUGAAAAUAUAUGGCUAUGGAACAAAGAUUGUAGAAUUGGUGAUGUGGAUAUUGUUUGAGAAAGUUGAUUGCUGGCUAUUCUUUUGUCUCAAAGGAUGCACAUUUUAGCCAUAUAUCCAACAAGCCUAACAUAAUUGGUGAAAGGAUCUGUCGGAUACCAAUAUCAACAGCAGAAGAUGGUGCAUCUAUUUUGGUCCCAGCUUGAGCAUGGGGAGGCACAUAAUUUGUGAGAAAGAGUCAAAUUUUCAACCGGAAAAGUGUUCGAUUCUUCUUAGACCUCAGUAUUCGACCCUCUACAGUGUUUGGAUAUAUGCAUGAAGAAUAAAGUAGAACAUUUUACCUCUUCAGGGAUUUUGAAGAAAAACUCAUGUCUUUGUUUGUCACAGCAAAAGGUCAGUGUCCAAACUCUUAACGCUACACUUACUGUACGUAUAAAUUUGCAGUUUCAUAGUCGAUGGUUGGUUCGUUCUUUGACCUACUUCUUGAAUUACCAUAGCAUUGGUAUCAUUGUGAUAUUUUGCUUCUAGAUUUGUUCUGAUUAAUUAGAAUCUUGUGAAUUAUACAUUCAACCAAAUACAUGUGCUUUUAUAUAUCAAA